AUGGCUCAUAGGUCCAGGAAUAAUCACAAAUGCCUUCCAUCUACACUCUCAUCUACUCCUAGUACAAUGGGUCCUCUUAUAUUCAUCGCCAUCUUAUUUUCUAUGUUUUUUGAACUAUGCCUUACUUCCGACCCUCCACCCUCUACUCUAGGAGGCUAUUAUAUCGAUUCAUCAUGUAUAGGUUUGGGCGUUGACAUAGCUGUCAUAGAAGCAGUUGCAAUGGCACGGCAGGCUGUCCGUAGUCUAGAUAUGAUGACAAGCUAUUUCAGUGGCCAUCCAUUGGGACAGGGGCCGGGGCGUGAUAGAGCGGCUGAUGAUUUGGGCCAUAUUCUACAGUAUACAUUCGGUAUCGACUCUCGAUCGAACGACCCGCAAACGAGCCAUUAUCUAGACAAAGUGCGCGAAAUUAUGGUAUCAGUCGCGAAUCUGAGAUACAACAGGGACCUAGGAAGUAGUAGCGUGCGCGUCUAUUGCGACAAUGAUGCCCGCUGGAGAAGAGCAGCCGCCUCGGCAAGUCCAGACCAGCGGCAUGUCUAUUACGACCUCGCGCAAGGGUUCGAUCGUCAUCGUCAGCCACUGCUCUGGCUAGAUGGUGUUCCUCGUUGUCGUGACCCGGGAUCCGCAACACAAUCACACUCGCGAAUAGCACAACGCAUCGUCCUCAGUAUUUCUCAACCUGCGCCUGAUUCUGUUGCGGACUUCUCCAGACUUCCUCAAUAUGCGCCUGAUCCUAGGGCUAUACCUCUAGCAUCAAUGAAAUACAGAUUGGAGAAUCUGCAGCAUGGGACAAGGCAGACUGGUCAUGGAUUCAGACUGUAACAUACGGAUCUACGGGACACAAAAUCAGGCGUACAGUGAACCAUGCAUUCUUCGGUUUGCUUGCUUUCCUGUCAAGUAAUGGAGUCCAGUUAAGUCUAGAUCAUACGCGUGCUUUGGCCGGGGACUUAAUCUUGAUUGAUAGAGAUAGUUUUAUGAAUCUCUAGAGGAUGGCCCGUGGAAAUACCGUAUCCUUGGUAUUCAGGAAAAUCUCCUCUUCUUUCAAGGUUCAAGAUGUCUUCUUAUAGACUAAAGUAAGGAGUUUAGAGC